GAUUUGUGCUGAUUUUCCAAGGCGCUAAAACGAUGACAUCUCCUUCCGUAUCCCCUCUACCACUAUCAUCUACAUGACCUACCGCCAAUCGACGCCCGUAAAAUGAUCCGCGAUCAAGAUCCGGCGACUUACGGCUACCAGAACUCGUUCCUUCGAAGGUCGUCGCCACCGGGGAGUCCUGCUAUAAAAAAAUGCUGCUACGAACAUCCCGUUGCGGUUCCUACAGAGCCGUCGUUCUUCUGUUGCUGUUACUCGUGUUCUGGUAACAGGAGCACGUCAAUUUUGGCGACUUUGGGAGUGUGUUUUUUAGUUUUGGGUUAUACGAUCCUAGGAGCUUUUGUUUUUAUGGCCCUGGAGGGAGGAUUGUACGAUGAACGAGUGAGUAGUACGAAUGUGGCGGCUUCGAAGGGAAGUCCGAAGGAACCGGGAAGAAGAAUGGGAGAGCUGAGAUCAGAAACUGUGGAUAGACUCUGGAGUAUAACGGAAAACCUGAACAUUUUGUACAGGGAAAAUUGGACGAGACUGGCAGCCGACGAAGUGUUAGUGUUCCAAGAAGCCUUGUUUAAUGUGUUACGCGAAAGUGACAGUGCAUAUGCGAGUUCUAGAGUCGGGACUAUUGCCUAUUAUCAAAAUUACCACAAGUGGAGCUUCAGCUCGAGUUUCCUUUACUCGUUGACCCUCAUCACGACGAUCGGAUAUGGUUCAGUAUCACCUCGCACCACUUGGGGAAAACUAGUCACCAUAAUCUACGCCCUCAUUGGUAUUCCUCUGAUGCUUCUAUAUCUCUCCGCUACCGGCGAUGUCUUGGCGCGAAGUUUCCGAAGACUAUAUGGCAAGAUGUGCGGAGUUUCAACCAAAAAGCUACAGUGUCCUUGUUCUAAUACUGUGAGAGUUCCAGUUACGUUAUGUCUGGUGAUCGUGCUGGCUUACAUCUGUUCCGGAGCUCUAUUAUUCCAUAGGUUGGAGAAUUGGUCAUUGUUAGAAGGUAGUUACUUCUGCUUUACAAGUUUAGGUACAAUAGGCUUUGGCAAUCUAGUCCCAGGCCAAAAAACUGAAGAAAUAUCACUAUGCGCGUGCUCAGCCUACAUUUUGACAGGCAUGGCAUUGGUGGCCAUGUGUUUCAGUUUAGUACAAGACGAAGUACUUAGCUUGUUCAGGUACCUCGGUGCAACUUGCUCGAAAAACGAUUUGAAACUGAAAGAAGAAGAGGGUUCCUGACAACGACCCACCACAGAGGGCGCUGCUCCUGUUAAAAGUAUUCCCAUAAGGAAAGCGCCCACUCCUUUGCAUCACAAUAGCCUGCCAAGAAAAGGUAAUUUUCAAAGAAACACUCCCGGCAGGAGGUCAACUGGAAUGGGAGCAGAACCUUUAGUAGAGUACUUCGUUCCUAGAAGUGUGAGCGAGUUUGACCUAUCCGUGGCUUCGGGGGACACGCCUAUAGGAAGCAAUUUUCUUCCUCUUACUGUACGAAUACCACGCAAAAUGUUCCCUAAGCAAAAAGAAAAAGUCGUUACUUUCGAAGACGAAAUGGCCUCACGAUUAGCAAAAAACAACCCAGAUCUUCAAGACGUGUUCAUGUGACAUAAGGGAUAACAAUUAGAGUCGGGGAGUGGGGGUAAAUCGACGCCUGACAUAGGAGGUGAAUACAUAACCAAGCUCAGCGAUCUAGCGAGUAAAUCUAGCGAAUUAAGCGAGUUAAGUGCGGCUAUAAGCGAGUUCAACAGCGCUAAAAAGGACAUUAAGCAGUUCAAGAACUUUAAAAUUUGUGAGGAUCUGAAAAAGUGCGAGGACGGGUGUUCUUGUAACACGGAAGCGGACUGUGACAUUUGUAAGGUUCUGGAUUUUACUAUGAAAAAAGACAAGUUAUAGUCUUGGACUACAGAAUGAUUUUUUUAAAUGACGAUUUUUUUCUAAUGUAGCAUAUAGUGUUUAUUAACAAAUAUGAUUGGAACAUAUGCGAGGAUUUUGCACAAUGGUCAAAAUUUGGUUUUAGGAUAAAAUAAUUGGACAUACUAUAAAUAAAAAUAAUUUUUGGUUUCAAAAGAAACUAUCAUUUGGAUUUUUGUUCAUUGUUAUCCCUUAAUCAAUGACGCUCCUGUAUAAAUCGAUAUUUCGACAGUUUCAACUUUAAAUUUAAUAUUAUAACAAUAAAAUAUUAAUAAAGCAUAUUUAACUUUGCUCAAAUUGUUAUUUUCAUAAUUAUUGUACCUUUAUUAAAUAAAUAAGUUAAUCUUGAUAUAAAAAUUUCUGAACAAGAAUUGUGUAAACAGCUAUGUCCAAAAUCAUAAUUGCAACAAUCGCUAAUAUGUCCUAAGUCAGGUACGUAUAUAGACUUUAAAAUGUUGUCUCUUGUUAUGACACAUCCUUCUGUCAUAAAAAAGAGACAAGAUAGAGAUUAUAUGUAGCUUUACUGGUGAAUAAUUUUAAAAUAUAAUUAUUUCACACAGUCUAUCUUGUGCAACCUGCAAAGCAAGAUACUAGCGAUUGUUAGAUGUACUAGUUGUGUACUAUGCUCAAAAUAGCAUAAUUAUACUUUUAUUUUAUUUGUUUUCUCUAAAGUAAUACGUUAUUAAAACAAGGUAGUUGGAAUUGUAUUUAUUAAAUUUGCCAUCUUAUAUCCGCUACAUACAUUAGUUAAUAAAUAUCACUUCCACCCAAUCAAUUUUCUACAUGUAAAACACUAUCAGGUCCAAAUUAAUAAACCGCACUUGGCUAAGACUUACUACGUAAUUGAACGAAAAUCGAAGUUCGGGUUUACCAAAACACCUUGUGUAAUUAGAAUAUAGAGAUGGACUGUAUAUUUACUCAUUUGUUACCGGCCACCUCUAAAUUUCAGUAUGACGCGGGAAGGUGGAAUCUGAGACUCUAUAGAGCUGUUAUAGCAGGACAUUGAUUUUCAUUUAAGGACACACUCGGCCAAGACGAACUUGCCCAAGUUUGAUUUAUUAAUACCGACCUAAGGCAGUCGAUGUACUUUUCUCCAUGUAUCGGCGAGUAGAAGUACCGUUCAUAGUUCAUCCACUAGAUGGGGGCAGUGAGGUGGUGGUGUAUGCACAUGGACGAAGUAUUAUUAGGAGUUGCCCUGUCUUUGUAGAAACCACUCAGCAUGCGUUUUUAAGCGAAUUAUCAGAUCAGCUAAAUGAGGAAUGUGGAAAAAAUUCAUUUAGCUAUAUAAACGUGUUUUUUUAUUUGGUGUUAAUUUUUACCUGUAAGCAUUUAGAACGGUCCAAAAAUAUGAGGUAAAUGCUGUAUACACAACUUUUAGUAUAUUCUACGAAUGCCCCGUUAAAGCACGUGCUCAGUAUAUACUUUUUAGAAUAUACUUUUAAACCACGUAUUCGGUAUAUACUUUCUAGUAUAUACUUUCAAAGUAUAUUUCGAUGCAUGUUUUAAGAACAUUCUAAAGAGCAUAUACCAAAAAGUACUUAAAUAGAAGGUUCUUAGUUUAUUCAUAGGACAUUGAUGUAAUGUUGGAUGUAAUGGGAAUAAGUAUGUAAUAGAAUCCAAAAUAAUUGAAUAGUCUUGGGAAUGUACUACUGAGGAUUCCAAAGAAUGUAAAUAAAUAAGAAAUUACUGCUUAUAGACCACCCAUCAAAUCCUCCAAAAUUUAUUUCUAAGAUAAUAUCUCCUUUGAUAUUAGAGCUUGAAUCUUAUUUAAAUUAUCAUUUCAUCGCAAUACCAACUACCUGAGUUUCAAUAUAAUGAUUGGAUUGUAUAAAAUUAAAGACCGUUAUCUUUGUUGUUAAAUUUAUAAUACAUUGUAUAAUAAACAAAUAUUUGUAACAUUUAACACAAAAUGAUGAAUAUUGACUGUCCAAAAAUAGAAAAAUUAAUAUAGGGAAUUAGAUAAAUAUAUCGACAACACAAAAGUAUACUACUUCUUCUCUUUCAUAUUGUAAAAUAUCAAAUUCGAUUUAUAUUAUUAAGUAUGUAUAUAAAUUGUAUAUAAUAAUUUCAGG